CUGGAAUUCUCGAUUCACUCAAAAUUCGAGCUAUCCCAUCAUGUCAUCCCAGGAAUUCCUACUAAUUCUCAUGCCCUGUGCUUUCCCAGACAAAUGGAUCGAUAGCCUGAAAAGAGCUGUGCCUCACCUGCGCAUCGAGAAACGCGAAGUUGACCGAUUUGCUACGGAGCUACCCACUGACGUAUCCCCCGAGACAUGGAGAGAGGUUACAGCACUCUUUACCUGGAGGCUUCUUCCGCCCAAGGAACUGGCUCCAAGUCUACAAUAUGUUCAGCUUUUGAGUGCCGGGUGCAACCAUGUUAUGGGUACACCGCUGUUCGAUGAGACCGACGUUGCAUUCUGUACAGCAAAUGGGGUUCAUCCACCUCAAAUCACAGAAUGGGUGUUCAUGACCUUCCUUGCCUUUCAGCAUCAUCUCCCGGCAUACCUUGACAACCAAAAAGCCGGUCAAUGGAUCGACCCGACAUCGGAUGAGGACACUGAGGAUGCAGUUGGCCUCAGAGUUGGAAUCAUGGGCUAUGGAAGUAUCGGCCGGCAAUGCGCCCGAGUCGCCAAGGCCUUUGGCAUGGACGUUCAUGCCUUCACACUGCACCCCCGAGCCACGCCUGAAUCGCGAAAAGCAGAUUUAUAUAGCGAGCCAGGCCUUGGGGACGAGGACGGUCAAUUUCCGUCAAAGUGGUUCUGGGGCAAAGAUCAACUGAAUGACUUCCUGGGUUCAGAUCUGGACUUGCUGGUGAUUACUGUACCGCUGACUGGGGAAACACGAGGCAUGAUCGGGCGGGAGCAAUUUGCCCAGCUCAGCAAGAAGAAGGCUUAUGUUAGCAACAUUGCCCGGGGCGCAGUGAUUAAAACAGAUGAUCUUAUGGAUGCCCUGGAUGCGGGUCAGAUCCGAGGCGCAGCACUGGAUGUUACAGACCCGGAGCCAUUGCCAGCUGACCAUAAGCUGUGGGGGUAUAAGAAUGUCAUCAUUACUCCGCAUUGCAGUGGGAAUUCAACCCACUAUAAUGAUCGUGCGAUCAAGAUACUGCAGAGCAAUUUGGAGAGACGGGCUCGUGGACAACAUCUGAUCAACCAAGUUGAUAAAGGCUUGGGAUACUGA